UUUACGACGGUCCCUAAACCACCCGAGCGCCAGAAAACAGAAUCUUGCCUUCUGUUCGACCCUGUUAAGGGAAGAGUUCGACUAUCGGUAAAAACAAAAGGUGUAUUUUGCUCUCUACCGUCAUCUGAUUCUAGAUAUUACCUUAGGACGUUCCGUUGGACAGCUAUUGACGAGCGAACUCUGAAUAUCUAAAGUAGCCUAAACGAAUUUACUGCGGUGAUUUUGGUUGGAGUAACUCUCUCGCUUUAUUACCUUGUCGCGCAGGUGAAAAUCUGUUGUAAGGAAGCAUUUACGAAACGAAACUAUGCCGCGUCUUUUUUGUCUGUAAUUCAAAAAAAAAUAUAUAUAUACAAAUGUAAACUCUUGCUCUUUAUGGAAUAUAACCACUCGGAAGAAAACUCGGUGGAGAACCGCGAUCACCCUUCGAAUGCCGUGAGCCUUGGCUCUAGUGAGCCACCAUGCCCAGCAGCAUCACAGGGAGCCCCAGACCCUGGUCAGCGCCAGGGGGCCAGGUCGGCCUCAUACCUGUGGAACCCAACCAUCUCCUCUACCGGAGCAGCAGCAGCACCAGCCAGGAGUCCUGCUAUGAGGAGCGAUGUGUGGACCCGGUGGAGUUGAGGCACCAGGGUCCCAGGGGGACCCACCACAAGGCCCACCACGGGGACGUGCAGAGCAAGGCGGCUGAUGAGACCAUCGGCUUCAUCCCCGGAUCAGCAGACUCUCCUCCAGGGGAUCAUGGGUGUGGUCCUUGUGCCCCCUCCUCCCCAGGCAGCUGUAAGAACUGGGUGUGCAGCGUGCUGACCUGUGGAAUCUACAUGGUGUGUCGGCGCACCAUCCUGGCCCCCAGUCCCACAGGGAGGUCACCAGAUGACGAUCAGGAGAAGGUCAACCUCCGGGGUCUCCAGAGCCACCCUGGGGCCAACGACCCCCAAACCAGGAAGGAGGGCGGGGGUAGUGGCUCUGAUUGGUCGGAGGACAUCUACAUCAGAGGGGUCAAAGUGGAUAUUCCCAGAAUGGAGGAGGAGCCAGUGGUCAUUACCAGGCCUCUGUUACACAAUGGAAGAGGUGGAGGAGGGAGACGGUACAGCCCUCCAUCCUACUCCUGGUAUGAGGGGGAUACGGGUGAUCUGAGCAUGGGUGACGUGGACUCUCUGAUCACCCAGAAGCUUCUGGAGCUGUACUCUGAGUACCAGAUCGAGGAGCUGGCCCACUGCACCUCGGACUCAGUGUUCCUGAAGAAGACCGGUGAGAUCAGCCAGCUGAUCAGUGACCUGGCCGAGGAGCAUCAGCUUGAUGAGCAGGACGCAGAAGGUCGACUGGUCAAGGGCAUCAUCAGGAUCAGCACUAGGAAGAGCAAGAAGAGACCUCCAUACCGAAGGUCACAGAGGAGUACCUCCGACAGCGGAAACGAAACUAUGAGCAACUACCAAACAUCAACCAUCAGCAAUAACAAUGAUUAUGAUAUCCAGAUCUCCAAGGAGACAGAUUCUGAUAUGAACGCUAGGAACAUGAGGAUGACCAGUGGAGCAGCAGAGAGUUCUGAACGUCAGAUGUCUGUGUUAGGCAUGCCCCUGCCCGGGACUUCAGUCAGAACAUGAUGAUCCAUCUUCAACACUGCUGAUACCAUGGAGCUACUCACCAGUCUCCAGCUGAAGAGGUUGGGAGCCAUACAGAUACACGUAUUGUAAGGUCUAUUUAAUUCUGUGUUGGGAACUUUAAGGAGCCUGAGAAUUAGCACUAUGUUAAAUGAAGUGGGAGGAGUAUUAUGCGUAUGCAAACUCCGUCCGAAGACCACGACUUUAUUUUGAAGGCGAUACUAUGAAUCGUGUCAUCUGUAUAUUGAAGGAUUCUAAUGUAACCAGGGUCGUGAAUGUAUCUUUGAUUCUGGCAUAUUUUGCGCCCUUGUUUGGGGGUUGGUCUGUCUCAUAGGAAAGUCACUGUAGAUUUACUUCUCAAACUCUUCCAGCAGCUUCCCCUGUUUUGUUGUUCCUCUUAAUGCCCUCAAUUACAUCCGUGGUGGUGUGUGUUACUUUACCAGUGAAUAACAACUAGCUCUUUUGAUAUGAAACUCGACUCUCCACUGCUGCCGGAUCUCCUUCUGCAUUAUCGCUUCAACACUAACACAAGAAUCAGUUUCAAGGUAGUGUACUCACAUCCAGGGACUUGCAGGGUCAAGUAAACUGACCCGAGGAAGAUGGAUAACCGCACACUUGAUUGGUCAACGGUUUAAUAGCGCAACAUGUAGACACCAAGAACUAAUCUGGAAUGUACUGGAGGCCAAAAAACCCCACUGGGAACGGAUGAAGAGGGAACACCUCAAAGACUAUGAAUGUUAUUGACGUAUUGGUGACUUUGAAAUACAAGAUGUAGAUGUGCUUUUUGAUGCCAAGAGAAUAUCAUGCUGCUGUACCUAACUAGGUAACAUUUUACUUAACACCCAGUGUCAUAACGUGUUAUGGUCUUAACUAUGUGGAAACACUUGACAUGACCUGUCAUAAUAUGGUCAUUACACUGUCAUGACCCAUAUGUUUACACCUGUUGUGACAUAUAUUGUAUUAUUUUAUGGCUGGUUAUAGAAUCAAAACUCACAUUUAUUCAAAAUAGUUUUUUCCCGGCCAGGAAUUGUCCUUCCCUUUUUAAAAGAUUGUUUCUUAAAUCCUCUGUUAUAAUGAAUUCUUUACGGUCAUGUUUUUGAUGUAUUUUAAUUAACUUGUAGAAAAUCCGCUUUUUGACACUGUUGUGAAGCAUUAUGACCGUCAUCCUAUAAGUCACCUAUCACGUACAUGCUGUUAUAUACGUCAUCCUAUAAGUCACCUAUCACGUACAUGCUGUUAUAUACGUCAUCCUAUAAGUCACCUAUCACGUACAUGCUGUUAUAUACGUCAUCCUGCUCCUGAAAUCUGCAUCUGCGUUCAUCCCAGCCAUCCGCAACGGAGCGUUGGGGUAAGUACAUGCCUGACAUCAAUGUGUGUGCAAUUACAGUGAUCACUUAACGUGGUCGAUUUCACACACAAAUAUAGAACAUGUCAACAGUGUAAUUGUGUAAUGGAAUGUUUUGCC